AUGUCUUCCAACUCCAAGCAGACUCCGUCCCGCCCCCAGGACAUGCUCAACCAGGAUGAGGGCCCUGAUUCUGUCAAGAGCUGGUCUCCUAGCGGUGUUCGUGUUCGCAACCAGAACCACAAGAAUCCACACAGCAAUGAACCUGCCGUUACCACCUUUGAGCCCCUGAACGUACGCGCCAACAACCCUGCUCUUGGUCCCAGAACUCGCACCGUUUCUACAGCUUCUGCGUUCACCGACAGCUCAGGCUCUGUGGGCAACUUUGGCCCUUCUUUCAAUGCAUCCGCCCAAGCUGCCUGGGAUCGCGCUCUUUCUACCCACGCUGCCCAUGCAUGGGAUCGUGGCAACUCCUCCCACAGCACUGAGACUGUCAAGCCCUCCUCUCUGAUGGAUAAAUACCCCCAGCUUCGGCACUCCAACAACCUGGCUCAAAACAUCGCUGCUGUCAGAGGCCCUCGGCAGCCGGGCUACAUCGACAAUGGAGCUCCCUUCGACAACUUUGGCUGCGGUGCCCCUGCCAUCGGCGGUCACGCCAACCAUCUCGGCCAGUCCCAAGGUGUCCACGGCAUUAUGGCUCACGGCUUGAGCACCACCACAGCCCGCCCCAUCAUCAACCCAGGCGGCCGGGUCCCUGUCAGGGUUUCUAUCCACGCUGAUCGCCCAGCUCCUACGAUGCGUGCCCUCGGCAAUGCCAGUUCCAUCGAAAAUCUGAAUGUUCAGAUGAGCGGCAUCUCCAUCGCCCCCCCUCGCAACCAGCCGCGCCAAGCUCUUCGGCCACUUCGAGACACCGAGUUGAACACGCGUGCCGGUAUCGCGCCUCUUAACCAGGGCUACCGAGCCAUGGAGGUUGUUGGACGUCCCUGUCGGUUGGACCCAAGCAAAGAUCCUCAGCGCGAGCUGAAGGCGGAGUACGGCAUCUCGCUCAACUACGGCGGUGACGCGUCCAUCGCUCGAAACCAGUCGGCCAACAUCCCCGACAACGAGAACUGCUCGAUGUGGAUCACGAACCUCCCGGCCGACUGCACUCACAACAUGCUCCUCAGUCAGAUCCAAGGCUUCGGACGCAUCUACUGCUGCGUUAUCAACCCGCCCGACCCCCAUGCUGGCCACACGACGGCCGCCGCCAAGGUGGUCUUCUUUGAACUCAAGGCCGCUCAAUGCUUCUACUCCAUGUGUAGUAACCCUUCUCGUCGCCUCAUGGUCGGAGGUCGGGUCGCCAAAGUCUCGCUGAACCGGAUCAAGUCGGCGGAGCAAGACACCGGCGGACACAAAAGCCGGGCCCUGAAGAUCGCGGGUGACAUUCGCUACGUCAACCCGCAGUGCCUGACUUCCUGGUUCCAGGACAAGUUCGUCUUUGAUAUCGAUGAGAUCAUCGAGGUCCUGAGCACCGAGGACAUGGGCGUAGUCGAGUACCGCUUCGGCAGCUGGCGGUGCCAAGCCGAGGCUGCUCGGAUGGCUCUGUUCCGGGACUUCGACAUCGGACAGCCAGGCUGUCCGGUCUGGGAGGUCACCUAUGCCGAUGACCCUUGUGCUUGA